AUUUAUAGCUCAAUAAUUGAUAUUUACAAAAGAAAUCUCUUGCCAAGCGCCUACAGGGCUAAUCCACCAAAAAUAUACUUUUUUGACAUGACAAUUACAAGUCAUGGUAGCAAAAUUUACAAAGGCCUCUGGACCAGCCCAGUUGCCAUAUGUUUUCGAAAGUGUUUCAUCAUCUUGGGAUCAGUAAGCUUGUUAGGCAGGAAUGAAAUCGCAGUAUGAUCUAGCUAGGUUUUGGAUCUCUCAAAAUUUGAAUACUUUGCUGCUGUUCUCCUUUGCUAAAGUUAAGACUUAAAUCAUUUCGAUUAUAUUUACUACUGUCUUUAGUAAAUAAGCACUGAGAAUCAAUAGUAAUUAUGGCACAUUAAUUAAAACGAGCAGUGCUUGUAGCCACGCGAGGUUGCACUUGGAGAAAACUUGGGAGCCAAAAUUUUCCAAGAAUCUUUCAAAAGAUUCUACUCUCGGCGUGAAAGGAAACGAGAUUUGAAAGCUUCUUAUCUUUAGAAACUUUCAGAUUUCCGUGACUCACGUCUAUUAUCUGAAGUUUAUAAUCUGCUGAGUUAUUUUGCCUGCUGAAAUGAUUUCGUAAGUGCGGAACUGAUAAGACCUACAUGUAGAUGAAGUAUUUGUAAAAUGAUUUGCACGAUCAUUUAAUUCUCUAAGGGAGUGGAUGACUUGUCGCUCAAGAAAACUGAUCAGGCAAAAGUUUCAGAUAUGAACUUGAAGGAGAGUACCUCGGCAAUUACCACUGCUAAACGUCCAACUUUAAAAACAGUCAGUGUGCGUCUUGGAAAGCGAUUUACAUAUCCAUUAACAGCUCAACACUUCAGCAAUUUAUCACAUACUUAUGUCAAUCAUUAAGAACGUACAUCAACGUGAGGACCACACAACAAAAGCACUUCUACGAGUCACUGAUUCCAGAUCAUCUUUCUUCCUAAAGUAGUCAUUUUCUUCAAGGGCAAUUCUCUGUGAUUAAGUCUAGCUUCUUUAGUUUAGAGCGGGGAUCCGUCUUCGUGACAGGCCUAGCGUUUCAUUUCGUAUCCGAACAAUUAGCUUACCGUGUGAAGAAGAGCAAAUCAACACAAGUGCUUGGUUACAUUCCUCUGGCACGCAAAUGUAAAUCAACUUCUUCAAGCUGCGAAAAUCUUAAGUUAGAAUAAGCCUUCUUAGCCCUUUCGUGGGAGGAUGCAAAAAUUUCCGAUACCUGCGUGUUGAAAUAACUUGAAAAUGUUAGAGGGGGGCAUAAAGUAGGUUAACGCGGGGGGCUUGUACUGAAGUUAACAGCAUGAAAAUUUUGGAAUUAAAACCACGUGUGAGCUCUCACGUUAUGUUUUUUUCUCCUUUACAAUUGUUGAUGUACUUUUCCCUCGAGACUUCAAGUCACCAAAGUGACGCAAACUGAUGAAAUAGCGUGUACCAUCUAGCGAUACGAGCGUAGAUAAACUGUAAUUGCUGUUGACAAUGCCCAUUGGUUUGCGUGUUUUAUUAGUCGUCCAACUGUCACUGCAGUAUAUAAACAAGGAGGUCAUCUUAAAAUUACAGCUAUUGUGUUCCCCUGGUGCUCUACUCUAACUUGCCACACUCUGUUGGUCACAGUAAAUGUUAUCCAGAGUGACCGUUUUUAAACUUGUGAUAAAAUCAUUCCCACUCGCUCUCGAGACCGGCGAUAAAAUCCUUUUGAUAUUGCGCAGAUUGUUACGUGUCUCCGCUAACGUGCGUCCGUUUGCGGUCAUCGUAGAAUCUUAUGCGGGCGAGGAAGGCAAAACCAAAAUGAACGCAUCCUAACCGCUUUGCUCUCACAGAGUUUACCGUGCUGGCAAAACAAGGACUUCGCGAGGCUGGUGUUAUGCAGUGAUAAUGGGUUUCCACUGUUAGCACCACAGGACUUUAUCGGCUUGUCUAAUCCAAAGAAAUCAGUUAAUUCACUUCCAUCGCAUGCCAGAAAUCUAUCGAUGUUCAAGAUCUUAAUUCUACGCCGCUGAAGGGUUUGCCAAUGUGUUCAUCGGGGAGCUAAAAGGCAGCGGCUGCUAGCCGUGUGACAAGAGAGAGGCAUAAUUCCAUGUCGGGAAAAACCAGCGGAGCCAACUGUAAAUUGUAAUUGACUGUCAAUUAGUCAGUCGCAGCUUGAAUGACGGACACUGGUGUUUCUGUUUAACUAGUAAUACCGCCCACCUCAUCCGAUUCUAUAUAGAAGCUAUUUAAAUGGAAUGCCUGUGACGCCACUACGCAAACUGAAUCUUGAAUACGGCGCAAACCUUUCUCAUUGAUUUGAACGCGUAUCAUAUGCUACCGUAAGGCACAGGAGCCAUGUUGGUUCACCGUUUUGGUCUUGGUUUAAUGUUUGUGCACAUCGUAUACCUAUCGGCAAUUCCAAUUCUCCUUGACGACAAAAAGAAAACUUCUAGUCUUGCUAAUGGCUCGGAAGAACUCGAGCCCUGGGAAGUGAAUCAAGAAGUGAUUGGCCGUAGAGGUAAUACGGCUUCUUUUGACGGGUGGACUCUCUACCAGGGAGAUAUCGUUCUAGACUGGAGAACACGCCUUCUCAUCCAAGGAGGACAUUUCCGAAGACGAAGAGCCGUGAAAAAAUUACAGACCUCGCGAUGGCCAAACGGAGAGAUACCUUAUGUCGUUGACAGAAACUUAGCCACGAAAACCAAGAGGGAAAUUAGAAGAGCUCUUAAACACUGGAAAAGAAGAACGUGCCUUCAUUUCCGUCAUAAGCGAGACGGUGAUGCCGAUUAUAUUCGCUUUGUUUACGAACCAGGAUGCUGGUCUUACGUGGGCCGAGCAGGAGGGGAACAGAAAGUUUCAAUAGGUGCUGGCUGUGAAUUCAUGGGAACCAUCAUUCACGAAAUUGGUCAUGCUGUAGGUUUUUGGCACGAGCAGAGCAGGCAAGAUCGUGAUCAUUACAUCAGGAUACUCAGGGAAAAUAUUCAGACAAAUGCAGUUGACCAGUUUAAUAAGAUGCCAAGGAAGGUAAUGGAUUCUAUGGGUUACGAGUAUGACUAUUUCUCCAUCAUGCAUUAUGGAACAAAGUUUUUUAGUAAAAACGGAAAGGCAACAAUUAAGAUUCGGAAAAAGGGGAGAAGGAUUGGAGCUCAGAUCGGACAGCGAAGGAGUCUGUCGUGGAUUGAUGUCGCACAAGUUCAUGCCAUGUAUAAUUGCAAUAAAAUACCAUCAGAGGACUCAAAAACUUGCUUCAAUAGUACAACGGGAGAUGGUAGAGAAUACCGAGGACAGCUUAACUACACUGAGAAAGGCAUCAUGUGCCAGCCAUGGAAUGAAAGAUGGCCGCAUGAUCCAGAUGAGAGGAAACAUAGAAACCAAAGUAGAGAUGGACUGGGAAAACACAAUUACUGUCGUAAUCCGCGUGGAAGACGUGCGCGGCCAUGGUGCUACACGACGCUUAAAAGGCCUGUAUGGCAGUACUGUGACAUUGUGAUAUGUAAUGGAACAAUUAAAAAGCGCGAAGAGGACACUUGAAGCGAGAUUCACGAACGCUCGAGAGAGUGAAUGUUACGUGAGCGUUUUUAUAGCAUCUAGUAUCUGCGUGAAUCGCUCAGCUUGAGCGUGAUGGUUACGCCUGACCUAACAUGGAAUCGUCAUUCGCUAACGAUGUAAAACUGAGUGAGGACAAAUUAUACGAUACAAGAAUUGACUACUGUCUUUGGAAAGGCACUGAAUCCAGUCAUCGCGUCGAGCUUUGAGAUCUUAUUGACUUGUACAGAAAAUAGGGAUAAUUUAUAGACCUUCAAGAGACAAAGUAUAUUUAACAUCGGUGAUGAAAGGCAAUUAAUAUUUUUACAGGAAACCCAAGGCAUGAAAAGUAACACCGAAAACGCAUGUCCUUGAAAAGCUGCGGUUUGAACGUGUAAAUAACUCGUGAUCUCGCCGACCUUGGCCUCAUGGCGGCGAAAGGAUGAACAUCGCAGCAUUUUCCGGGUACUUUAAUAGUCCUAUUAAAUCUAUUGAUAUGUCCAUAUCGAGUCGACGCUGAUGUUUUCAUGAUCAUGACUUGUUACACUAUCACCAUUUGUCCCGUCGAAACGUUGAAGCUGAAUAGUCAUAUUUAUCGGGGUUUUACGUAGGCGGUGCAGUCAAAUUAGGCCAGAAACUUCAAUUUCAAGGAUCUAACGACGAGAAUACAAAUCAAAGUUAUUCUUGGCAACAAAUUCUAUUCACACCACUUUUUAUCCUGUGGUUUUGACGACUGCCUCCCGGCUAGGUCCACCAACUCGAUAUAAGCUUUUGUUUAAGGGAUUUGCAAUAUUUUUGGCCAACUUGUAAAUUCUGGGCGGUUUUGUUGCGAAAAUACGAGGAAGUUUCCUGUCGUGGCGUAGGAUAUAUAACAUCACGUACGGCCCCUCAGUUGGUAAUAAUAGCCCGUGCGUUGUCGAAAUACUGAGUGGUUUUGCUUUGUAGAAGCAUUCUUGUAAUCAUUGCCAAUUAUUAUGACGCAUUCCACCCACGCCUGAGUCUUUGUCCUAACCGGAACGGGUCCGAAAUCUUCUGUAUGUAUACUGUAAAGACAAUUCUAAUUUAAUGAAUGUUCACUUUUUAUUACACUAAAUGUUAGUUGACGCUCCUUAGUAUUUAUGUGAAUUUUGAAAUCUGGUCUAACCUCUUUCAUUUUGCGCACCACAGAUAAAGAAAAAAGUACCUCGAUGAAGAACCAUUCUUUGUUUUAUCAUUCAGUAUCCACAUGUUAAGAAUGAUUACGGAGUUUUUUCUACUUACAGACAAGACUCGUCAACAGUCCUCGACUGAAACCGACACCCUUCCUUUGUUGAAAUGUCAAUAUGUAAAUUUUGAUAAGGUGGUCGGUAGGACGGGUAAAAAGGAAUAAAAUCUGCAUUAAUUAAGGAAUGGAUAUUUAUUAGCCAAAAAUCGGAACUCCAUUCAACCCUCUAUUAGCUUCCGAAAUUUAUCAUUCCCGAUCGAUAGAUUAUAAGAAAGAAGAAUAGUUUAGUUUAUUGUAUGGAUACAAGUAUGGAAAAAAGAUGUCGUGUAAUAAUAUAUGUUUAAUUUAAUUAACUCACUUAUGGUUAAACUGAAUAAAAUGAU